AUGAGGUAUCGCCGUGGAGUAGUCGACUUUUAAAAAGCAUCUGCAGCCCAUGAUAUGACGACUUCUCUGGUCUUGCAUCCACACUGGCCGGACACCUUGAUGUACGUUUAUGAAAAAAGCCCGAAUGAAAGUGGUCAGAAUAAAAAUCAAGCUAUGGAGGGAUUGAGCGGGAAUUGCCCUGCCACCCACUGCAGGGAUCUAAUCUCUCACCCAGCUUUGGGGCGACAUUCGGGCACCAUCACAACUCACCAGGGCACCGUGUACUCGGAUAUAUCAUCACCUGACGCGGGAAGACAGGUUCCCAUGCCUCAGACGUCGUCCAGCGCCUCUCUAGGCUACAGUUACCCGUUUGGAAACCCAUACUACGGAUGCAGGUUGUCUCAUUCGCACAAUGUUAAUUUGCAGCAGAAGCCGUGCUCAUAUCAUCCUGCAGACAAAUACACCGAGCCCACAACAGCAUUGCCUACGGAGGAGCUCUCCAGCCGGGCAAAGGAAUUUGCUUUCUACCCCAGCUUCGCCGGCUCAUAUCAAGCGGUCCCUGGGUAUCUCGAUGUAUCGGUGGUCCCCAGCAUUAGUGCACAUCCAGAGACCCGACACGACGCGCUCAUUCCAAUGGAGGGCUAUCAGCACUGGGCUCUGUCAAACGGCUGGGAUGGGCAGGUGUACUGUUCAAAGGAACAAACACAGUCGUCUCACCUUUGGAAAUCUUCUUUUCCAGAUGUCGUCCCUUUGCAACCCGAGGUUAGUAGUUACCGACGAGGACGCAAAAAGCGCGUUCCCUACACCAAGAUCCAGCUGAAGGAACUGGAGAAAGAGUACGCAGCCAGCAAAUUCAUCACUAAAGACAAAAGAAGACGCAUCUCUGCCACCACCAGUCUGUCGGAGCGCCAGGUUACUAUUUGGUUUCAGAACCGCAGAGUGAAAGAGAAGAAAUUUGUCAGCAAAUCUAAGGCGAACAAUCACCUGCACACCUAAUGGGUGCCCAAAGAAUUGCUUUCCAGCUGGUCCCAUUAUGUUCUGAAAGUUUGGUAUUUACUUCUCAAAAACCAUUGACGAAGAAAAACGAGGCCGUGUCACACCACCCAAGUCUGACCUUACUUUAUUUAAUACAAAAAAAAUGUGAUGCAGAAGAUAUAAUAAUCGCUCAUCUGUAAGCUUUAAAGGACAUAGGCCACGCCCUAAAAACUGUGAACAUAUUAAAAAUCAUUUGCUCUUUUUUUUUUUUAUGAAUGUACAUAUAUAAAUAUAUACUAUUUAAAAUAUGUGGGUUUCCAAGAGACAUUUGAUGGUGAUGUGUUUUGUUCAAGUGAUAAAAAAAAAGAGACACGAACAUCUGUUGAUAUGCAAAAUACAGUUCAAAAAGACACAAUGACUUUUCGCAUGAAGUAUUGAUAUUAAAAUUGCGUAUAUGAAAAUGAUGUUUGAAUGAGUACAAACCGAAGAUGAAAAAAAGAAAAAACACUGAAUGUGUAAUGUCUCAAACAGAACCAUGCAGCAUUUUUCGGAAAGGAGCACAUCUUUAUUUUCAAAAAAAAGUCUUCGAGAUUUCAAGUGUUUCACUGUGGAAUACUUUUUCAUGCCGAUGGUAAACUAGGCUGCUAAUGUUAACUGUACAGUGCAAUUUUUUUUGUAUUAUUUAAUUCAUGUUCUGCUAAAUGACAGGGCUGUAAAAUAGAAUGUGUCAAGAUCAUCUUCCUUUUUUUACCAGUUUUAUGUCUGUUCUGCAACUGGAAUGAUUGUACGCAAUUGCAAACAUUUGGUAUUACAUGUUAAUGCACAGCCUUUCUUGUUUUAUGCAUAAAAACUAAUAUCGUAAAGCAUUUGAAGCUGUUUACACACGCUGUCAGUCUGUACCUCUUUCUGUGAAGUACGUCAACUGUAUUGUGGUGUUUAAAUCCUGCUAAAUGGAGUCAUGUUUCUUAAAUAAAUAAUG